AUGUCGGGUUUGUCGCUGAGGAAGCCGUGCGGCGAGAAGGAGUGCCCGGAGUACCACAUGUGCCAAGCCCACGAUCUCCAGUGCUACCCGUGUCAUUCCUACUGCAACGAGACUUCACACAACUUUGACGUCAAGAUAUGCCAACAACAGUGUCAAGAUUACAUACAUGAUUACGUGAAGCAUUACGUCAAGGAUAGUAACAUCCAAGAUGUGCUACAAGAAUUGGAGAGCCUGAAAUCGUUGAUAAUUUGGUUGACGUUGCUGGUGGUCGUUGCUAUCGCAUUGAUGUCCAUUAUGUUGGCGUUCGUUUGGAAACGCGAGAGGAAAAUACCAAAGCUUAAGAACGGAGGCAAAGAUUCAUAUUUCAAAAAAAAAUUGGCUUUCUUAAAGUUCAGGAAGAACACGGUGAACACGGUUAGCGAAUCUGUGGACAACAAGCCGUGGACGGUGACGGCGGCGGCGGCGGCGACUAUGAUGGCCGCGCACACGACGGACGCCCCGAAGACGUCGUCGGCCGGAUCGUCGUCCGGCAACCGGACGAGCCGCACGACCGUCUCGUCGUCGUCGACGUCGUCCACCGACAAGCUGCCGUGCGAGGACGCCACGCUCGUGACGCAGGAGUUCACCGGUUACGACAACCUGGGGCUGUGCAAAGUGUCGCCGGUGCUGUGCGGCAAACCGACGGCCACGAUGAAGGUGUACGGCGCGACCGACACGGACCUGCUGCACCGAUACUCCCCCUAGCCGCCGCCGCCGCCCGCAUCGUCGCGCCAUCGCACCGGGCAACCGGUAGGCUCGCCGUCGCCGACACGACGGUGCCGGAUUGCAGGGAUGUUCGACGGGUACGCGAGCUGCGACGACCGCCGCAGACGACGUGCGGACGAGACGCAUCAGUGGAGAAGACAAACGAACGAACGCCGCCGCCGCCGCCGCCGCGGGAGGGUACGCCCAAUAAUACGCUUAUACCAAUUACUGUUGUAGGCACAAAUUCGCGCGGAGAUGUGAUCUCCUCAGACCAUUUGUGAGUGAUGUAAUCGUGCGCGUAGUAGUAUACUAUGUUGGUUUGAGCGAUUCGAAAACCGUUCCGGGAACGUUACAGCUAUAAAGUCUUUAGUUGGGUCGAGUGCAUUUUGAAAAUCUCUUUUUGUGUAAUGAUCAUGUUAUCAUUACAAAAUUUCGUCGUAGUUGUGUACAAGUCCGCGACACAUUACGUGAUAUCACACACGCACGCACUCAAUACAAUAUAUAUAUAUAUAAUGUAUGUAUGUAUAUGUGAGUACGUAACGCGUAAAUUGUAGUUUUUUCGUUUUCUCGUACCUAUUAUUUACUAUUAUAUUUUUUAAAUGAACUGCGCACAGUAUUAUAUAGACGACGCGCGUAUCGCGGUCAAAGUACUUAAAUAUUGUAGUUGUUACUUGUUGUUAUUAUUGUUUUUUAUUUUUUUGUUUCUUUAAUAAUUUAACCUUAUAUUAUAUCGUGUAACUUUGUUGAUACUUAUGAGUUAGGAUAAUUUUGUAUAUUGUAUUCAAGUUAAAAGGCGUGUUACGCGCGCGUUAGCGAUUAUUAUGUAAGUAUUAAGUUUAGUGAGCUAUGAGGAGGAUGAAAUAAACCUUUGAUCAGUGAACCCCGUCCAAUAAACUUUAACAGUUUUUAGAUAAUUUUACGCCACACUCGUCCAUGUCUAUACAUAUUAUAAUACACGUAUGUGUACUUAUGUAUAGAUGCGCUGUCGGCGUAAAAUUGUAGGUUUUCGACAAACGCCGUUCGUUUGACGUUGUACAUAUAAUAAUAUAAACUAUUUUUAUUAUAUAUAAUAUUUCAUAAAAUGAUUUUUUUUAUUUAUCUAUAUUAUAUAUUAUAAUAUCAUCGUUUUAAAGUGUGUAGUAUAAUAUACCUUAGUUAUCAUGAAAAAGUUCUAUUGUUUGUUUUAGCAUCGUAAUACUUUAAAUGUAUAAUUUCUAUACAACACGAGUAAUGCGCAUUGCAAUGCCAUUAGAUCGGUUUAUUAAUAUUAUAUAGAUUAUAGUUUGUAUAGUUAGUAUUAAAAUACAUAGUAUAUAGUUAAAUUAAUUUAUCGAUCAUAUUAUAGAACCGAGACAAUCAUAUCAUAUUACUUAUAAGGAGGUAUUAGUAUUAUUAGGUAUGGAUAUUAUAUUAUUUGUAAUACAUCGUCGUACCUAGGCACCUAGAUAAUAUUAUAUUUAAAAAAAAAAAUUAAAAUUUAGUAUAUUAUUUAUAAUGAUAAUUAAGUAUAGGUACAAUACAUAUAUAUAUUAUAUUAUUCUCAACGUUAUUAUUAAUCAUUAAUCGGUUACUCAUACCAUGAAAAGUGUAUCAAAAAGCAAUAUUUACACAUAAGUAUCAGUAUUUAAUUAUUGUAUUAUUUUAAAACGACGCCCAAUGGGGAGGAUCGGUACCUAUAUAUUUAAUAUUU